UUCGAAGCAGAACUUAUGGAGUUACGAUAACUGAAGCACACAGCCAAUAAGACGCGACACCAAAAAGAAAACGGUGGCGAGGAAAGCAAAACCGGCAAGCCAAGUGGAUAAUGGCGGUGUCACACGUGGCACUUUCUUCUUCAAGUUGCUGUUGUCCUUCUUUGCCUCGUCUUCCCCGAUUCUAUAGCUCUUCGAACCGCAAAACAUUUUCCGUUUUUGCAAUGAGUGAGGAUCCUGUCCGUGAAUGGAUUCUGUCUGAAGGCAAGGCAACCAAGAUUACUAGGAUUGGUUCAGUUGGUGGCGGUUGUAUUAAUCUUGCUAGUCGUUAUGACACUGAUGCUGGCUCUUUCUUUGUCAAAACAAAUAGGAGCAUUGGACCAUCCAUGUUUGAGGGAGAGGCUCUAGGCCUAGGUGCUAUGUAUGAAACGAAAACAAUUCGUGUACCUAGACCGUUCAAGGUUGGACCGCUACCAACAGGUGGAUCGUAUAUUAUCAUGGAGUUUAUUGAAUUUGGUGCAUCUAGAGGCAAUCAGCCCGUUUUAGGGAAGAGGCUUGCUGAGAUGCAUAAAGCUGGAAAAUCUCAAAAAGGUUUUGGAUUUGAUGUUGAAAAUACGAUUGGCAGCACUCCUCAGAUCAAUACAUGGACAUCAGAUUGGAUUGAGUUUUAUGGAGAGCAUAGAUUGGGGUAUCAACUGAAGUUGGCAUUAGAUCAGUAUGGGGAUUCAACCAUUUACCAAAGAGGACAAAAGCUGGUGAAGAACAUGUCACCUCUCUUUGAAGACAUUGUUAUAGAGCCAUGCUUGCUUCAUGGAGACUUGUGGAGUGGGAAUAUCAGCUCUGACGAAAACGGCGAGCCUGUCAUACUCGACCCGGCAUGUUAUUACGGGCAUAGCGAGGCAGAGUUUGGAAUGUCGUGGUGUGCUGGAUUCGGAGAAGCAUUCUACAAUGCUUAUUUUGAGGUGAUGCCAAAGCAAGCCGGCUUCGAGAAAAGGAGAGACCUAUACCUAUUGUAUCACUAUCUUAAUCACUACAAUCUUUUUGGUUCCGGCUAUAGAUCAUCCGCAUUGUCAAUAAUCGAUGAGUAUCUCCGGAUAUUAAAAGUUUAACCAUUUGUAUACAGAUUCGGUAUCAACAUGUGUAAAUACAUCCUUCUAUUCUUUAGUUUUGAACAAUUUCUAAUUA